AUGGAUGCCAUCACGCGGCAGGUAUUCCUCAGCAUCCCCAUGGAGCCCAUCAUGCAUGGCCACACCAAAAGCACAGUGACGGUACUCUUUUUCCACUCAGCGAAGGCUCUCUCACUCGUACCCGGUCUCGCAGAUGCAGAGGAGGUACUUGUAGAAGGAUUCGACGGCCUCGGACUUGUAGAGCCUCUCUUCCGUACCCCAGCUGCGCCCAUCGGUCUUGGCGGACAGCCCAAGGGCAGCAUUCGGGCGUCCAGCUCCUUGGACCUUCCGCUCGUUGGCCUCGCAGGCCUCGUAGUAAGACCUGGUGACCUCGGUCGCGGUCUUCAGCUUGUCGGGCACGGCACCUUGAAUUCGUCGGCGGCGGCCUCAGCGGGGAACUUGUGGAUCGUCUCUGCUGCGUCCUUCGAGAACUUUCACAGAUCCGCGAAGGUGGCGCUGUCCGAGGAACUUCUUAAAGAUCUUGGCAAGGGACGGAUCUUCUCCGUUCGGGAGGUCCUGGCUGAACUCGUCGCUCUUGCGGAGCUUCUUGCCGACAUGGUGCCCGAGCACCGCCUCACUGCGGCGCUGAUUUUCGAGUUCGGAGCCCAGGCGGCAGAGCUGGCCAGGAGUCUAGCGUCGUCGACGACAUCCAAGAUAAUGAAAACGAGCAGAUCACCUUGGAAGUUGGCUGCUGCCAGCAUCCGACCGGCUCUGGGCGAGGAGAGGGGCACAGGCCUCACCUUCCGGCAGUUUACUGCGUGGUCUCGCCGCAUGAAGGAAGCCGAGAUUGCUGAAUAUGUACGCCAGUUCAAAAAGUUUGACCAGAGCGGCGACGGCGUUUUGGAUCGUGCAGAGGUGAAGACGCUGCUGGCAGAGAUGGGGUACACGCCUAUGCGGUCCAAUGUGGAUGAUCUUUUCCAGGCAGUAGACACGGACGAAGACAAUACCAUCAACCUGGAAGAGUAUUUGGAUGUCAUGGACUACUUCAAGAAGUGGGAUGGGUUUACUGGCGAUCAGGCGGAGGAGCUGCAGAAUCUGUUCAACAGGUACAAGGACAGCAAUGGCGAAGUCUCAUCCAUUCAGACGCUCAGCAUGAUUCAAGUGGAUGUGGACGGAACACACUCUGUGGACUUCAAGGACACAACGUUCGCUUCGAUCAGUGAGUUGACGGAUGCCAAGGAGGCCUUCUUCCUCACACUCCAGGCGGAACAAGCUGGAGCCGCUGCAACCUUUGACUCUGAGAGCCUCACGAUCCGGCCUGCCCCUCCGAUGAAGAGUUUGUUGUUCACAGCAGCUUCCGUAGCUGCUCCAGCUUUGAUAUGUCUUCAAGAGUGGAGCGAAGACUUGAUGAUCCCAGUGCACAUCCUGAACAUCCAGACCGACUCGCGUGAGCUCAAGUACACGGAAGAUGGCAAGGUGGACUUCGACAACCUUGUAGGGUUGAUCGCUGCAUGGCCGCAAGUGCAAGCGGCCAGCUAUGGCGAAGAGGAGAUUCGGGAUUUCCGGAGGGCCUUCGACGAGUUCGAUGUCGACCACAGCGAUGCGUCACUUGCCCGCAGCCACAUCUCCGAGCUCGUGUCCUUGCCAAAUGUUGAGGUCAACACCUCGAGCCACUCUAGCCUGCAAUACGUACCAUCGCAGCGCACUUUGGUCUCGUCGCUACCUUCCAUGCCCCAGAUCCGUUUAUGGAUCGAUCGAGACGAGAUGGGUGCCUUGCUAAAGCCGCUGGGCUUGGAGCUCAAGACGAAGGAUGACCAGAAGUACCUGCGUCUCAUGAAUCUUCUCAAUGCUGCCCGUGCCUCUGCAGCCGAGAGCGGCGUGGAUGCGGUGCAAUGCCACGUGCCCAGACGCUGGCAGAGUCGAUGCACGAAGAAGAUCUUUCCCAUUUUCGUGCAGUUUGCACAGCUCGUGCAUCAUUGUGGCAAGAUGAACACUGCGGUCGUGCGCUUUCCUGUGUUUGUGCACAUGUGCCGACUGCUCCAGCGUGAGAAGGAGGCCAAAGCCCUUGCCGAGGAGGAGGCGGAGGCUGCGCGGUUGGGCUUCACGGAGCCACAGAUCAAGAAGCUACACUCCUCAUUCUGCUUGUGGGCUGCAAGGACAGAUGAGGAGGCGAAAGAAAAAAACGAGGAGGCCAAGAACGAGAAGGACCUCUUGAAGGCCUUCAAUGAGCUGGCCACUCUGCCCGUUGACAGCUUCUGCGAGUUUCUCAAGCAAAUGAACUCCAGGUUGUCUGACACCGACCUUGAGCAUCUUCGCAAGCUCUUGACAGCGCUCAGGGACGUUCAGGCACCAGGUGACGCCGCUCUGCUACACGAAGUUGCAUCCCUUCCGAUGACGAACGAUCCGGAUGGUGUCAUCCACGCAGAGCUUCGUGAGGUGAGCUUUCCGCUCUUUGUGCGAUGCUUGCGGUGGAUGAUUGCCAACGACUUCUCUGACUCCCAAGAGGUCAUCAAGCUCUAG